UUCCGACUGUUGCUACUCUUUGAUUCUUGAACCCCACCCCCCAACCAACAAGCCCAUGCUGUUUCUUUCCUCGUUUUAAGAUUUCUUCCUCAAAAUCCACGCGCUCACUUUGUUGUUGUCUACUAAACUACUUUCUUGCUUUCAAAUUCUUUCUUUCUUCACUACCCUUUUGCUUCAACUUCUUGUAAACCGCUUCACUGGCAGUUUUUUUCACUCCUCAGUCCUCAGAUCUCCUUCUCUAGUUGAAGGAAAAUGGGUUAUAUUUCACGGAAGUUAUUCCCAGCAUGUGGGAACAUGUGCAUCUGCUGUCCUGCUAUGAGGUCUCGAUCUCGACAACCUGUGAAGCGUUACAAGAAAUUGCUAGCUGAAAUCUUCCCUAAGUCACCAGAUGGCUCACCUAAUGAAAGGAAAAUAGUGAAGUUAUGUGAAUAUGCAGCAAAAAACCCUUUCAGAAUCCCCAAGAUCGCAAAGUAUCUCGAAGAGAGAUGCUACAAAGAACUGCGAAGUGAGCACGUCAAGUUUAUCUAUGUUAUUGCUGAGGUGUACAAUAAGUUGCUUUGCAUGUGCAAAGAGCAAAUGGCAUAUUUUGCUUCUAGCCUAUUGGACAUGGUUGUUGUACUGCUGGAUGACUCAAAGAGAGAUGCUAUCAGAAUUACUGGUUGCCAAACCCUGACCAGGUUUAUUUAUAGUCAGGUAGAUGGAACAUAUACGUAUAACAUAGAAACUUUGGUUCCCAAAGUAUGCUCAUUGGCACGGGAGACUGGUGAAGAACAUCAAAAGCGCAGCUUGAGUGCAUCAAGUUUGCAAUGUCUUUCAGCCAUGGUUUGGUUCAUGGCCGAGUUCUCUCAUAUAUUUGUUGAUUUUGAUGAGAUUGUUCAUGUGACUCUGGAUAACUAUGAGCCUGAAAUGCAUAAUGAAGACUUUGAACGAGGGGAGGCACACCACAAUUGGGUGGAUGAAGUUGUUAGAUCUGAAGGAAGAGCUGUUGGUAGUGAAUAUGGUCCUUCCCAAAUUAGACCCAGACCCGAUAAGAAAGAUCCAUCUUUAUUAACAAGAGAAGACAUUGAAACACCAAAAGUGUGGGCUCAAAUUUGUCUUGAAAGGAUGGCUGAGCUGGCCAAAGAGAGCAGUACAAUGCGCAGGGUGUUAGAUCCAAUGUUUGUCCAUUUUGACCAUGGGAGGCACUGGGUUUCUCCGCAUGGAUUGGCCGUGAUGGUUCUCUCUGACAUGAUCUACUUUGUGGAAAGUUCAGGGAAUCAGCAAUUGAUUUUAACUGGUGUAAUUCGUCAUUUAGACCACAAGAAUGUGGCACAUGAUCCUCAAAUGAAGUCUUAUGUCAUCCAGACUGCUACUGCUUUGGCUCAACUCAUUAGAUUGGAAGCUAGUCUCUCAGAUAUACGAUUCGUCGGUGACUUGUGCAGACAUUUGCGUAAAAGCCUUCAAGCAACUGUCGAAUCAGUUCAAGAGCAAGAGCUAAACUUCAAUCUUGCACUUCAAACAUCCAUCCAAGAAUGCUUCCUAGAAACUGCAAAAGGGAUUGUUGAUGCACGACCACUGUUUGAUAUGAUGGCGAUGAUGUUGGAGAAGUUGCCAUCUCUUAAAGUGGUUGCCAGGGCUACAAUGGGAUCCUUGAUCAUUCUUGCUCAUAUGAUCUCAUUAGCAUCUGUUGUUUCACGAUGUCAGCAGGUAUUCCCUGAGGAGCUGUUUGUUCAGUUACUGAAAGUGACAUUGCAUCCAGAUGUUGAAAUACGGAUUGGAGGACACCACAUCUUUUCUGUUCUUCUAAUCCCAAGUUCUAACCAUAUUAAACAUGACAUAGCCAGAUGGAAUGCCAAUGGCACAUCCACAUUUGUGUCAAUAACAGCUCUACUUGAGAAGCUUCGAAAGGAAAAAGAUGGAAUUAAGUUGAAGGACGGGCAUGGUAUUCAAGAUAAUUUAAAGGAGAGGGAUAAUGUUGAUGAGGAACACAAGCAGGGUUGGGCCCUAAAAAAUACACCCAAGGUUCCAAAAAUUAGUUCCAUGAUUGACUGCACCGCUGUAUCAGUUGGCAGCUUGAACGAGGGUGAACCUUACAUUCUGAAGCUAAACAAGGAUCAAAUUGUCCAGUUGCUGUCAGCCCUCUGGCUACAAGCCAACAUGCCAGAUAAUUUACCUGCAAAUGUUGAAGCUAUAGUUCAGUCAUUCUGCCUAGCACUUAUUUCUUCACGCGUUAAGAAAACCAACAAUAACUUACUGAUCCGCUUUUGUCAGCUUCCUCUAUCACUUAUGAAGUUAUCCCUGGACCCUAAUAAUGGGUUGCUGCCUCCAGCAUACCAGCGUUCACUUCUUGUGUUAUCAGCUGCAAUGCUAGCAUUUAUGGCGAAGAUUUAUCAGAUAACUGACCUGAAUAUUUUACUUGAAACAUUGCGGAAUUUUGGUGUUGAUCCUUUUCUGGGUAUCAAUGAUGGUUAUCAAGUAUACCUGAAGCCUCACACAGAUGUGAGAAAAUAUAGUUCUGUAGCUGAUAAUGAAGCAGCUGCAUCAUCACUAUCAGAAUUGCGGGACAAAAUUCAGGAGUGUCAUGAGAUAAUAAAGGAUAUCUUAGUUAAAAGUUUGUCUAGCAUUGCAGAGGUUGACGAAGAUGACAUAUUCAAGCAGCUGUCAGAAGAUUUCACACCCGAUGAUACCUUCAUCUUUUGUCUAAAAUCAAUGGUUGACAUGGAUCAUGUUCAAAUAGAAUCACACUCCCGAGAUUCACCUUCAUUUGACGGGGAUUUUUCUCCAAAUUCAUUUGUAGAGGAUGAACAAGUAAGUGAAUCCUCAAUAGCUGAUAUCACCAGAUUUAUUCCCAGAAUUCCUAUGUCUCCAUCUCCUUCGAUGUCUCAUGUUGUGAGCAUUGGGCAGCUUCUUGAAUCGGCACUCGAGGUAGCUGGUCAAGUAGCUGGUUCAUCUAUUUCAACGUCACCACUUCCAUAUGAUACCAUGGCUAGUCAAUGUGAAUCUCUUGGCACAGACUCAAGAAAGAAACUUUCUAAUUGGUUAGUUCAUGAAAAUCAUUGUGCAAAAGCGGCUGGCUCGGCAUAUCCACCGUUCCCCGCAAAUGGGCCAUCAGCAGUUGCUAAGAUACUUCAAGAAGAUGGGCCUAUUAGGGGGCCUCCGCUAUCAAAUGAACCAUGGUUAGCACUUAGGCUACCUCCAGCAAGUCCUUUUGAUAACUUCCUUAGAGCAGCUCGAGGUUAGAUGCGUGCAGCCGUACCAUUUUGCUGUUUAGAUGUAAAUGACAGGUAGCUACGUUUAACUUACCCUUGUGCUCAAAACUCUGGUGCUGCCAUGCCGGAACGUAUCAAGUGCUCGUGGUUAAUGUUUGUAUAACUAAGGUGUUUGUUGAAUCAUUGUUGUAAAGGGCAGAAUUAUUAAAGCAUUUCAGGCUGUAUCUAGUUCUAACUUAUGUGAAUCUUCUGUAACUAGGCUUUGUAACUCCAGCUCCUUCGAUCGUUUCAAAUCCGUCUCUUUUCCACUAACUAUUUGGAUAGAGUUAUUUUUUCCUGCUUCUGGUGCUAGAUUAUGUAUUGCCUGGACCAUAGGGGCAUGUUCAAGUCCUCUCUUUAUUCAUAUGUACUCUUCAUUAUUACUCAUUAUCUAUUAAGUACUAUCAAGUUUCGUAAA